UUGCGAGUAAACCGCACUCUGCAGGAUGUCAUUUACUCACGAAGAAAUUGAAGAGGAGAGAGCCCAUUUUGCGAACGUCGUUGCAACGUUUCGGCAAUAUGCACAGUACUCGCUGUUCGCAAACAAUCGGCGCAGAAAAGACUACUACACGUUGCCGAGGGCAGAUCAAGAACUGCUUGACGGGUUGGGCUACAAGGCGAAGUUGGCAGAGGCCGAUCGUGCAGUCUUGGCAAAUGCAGAGUUUCUGAACCAGAUUGUGGCCAAUCCUGAUAUCUUCGGCCAUGAGCUGGAUGAAGAAGAAAGGCCUCUGGAAGAGAACAAUGAAGGUCAUGCUUAUCAGGACGCUGUUCUUCACAAUCACGGCCACUCGCACUCGCUUGGUCAUAGUCACGCCCAUGGUUCUCACUCGCAUUCCCAUUUGCAUGCUACGCCGUCUGGACCGCAGUCAGGCCAAGGAGGAGGGAAGCGAUACAAGCCCACUGAAUUCGAUAUGGAUAAAUUGCGCAGUACGCUGAAACAAUUCGUUCGCGAUUGGAGCGAGGAGGGGAAACCCGAAAGGGAAUUAUGCUAUGCGCCCAUGAGAGAAGCUCUUCUUCAGCAUUUCUCUGGAGUGUCGCAAGAAGACAGGAAAAACCUAAGAGUCCUCAUUCCGGGAGCCGGCCUUGGCAGACUUGCAUGGGAUGUUGCUUAUCUUGGCUUUGCAUGUCAAGGAAAUGAAUUUUCACACUACAUGCUUCUUGCGUCCUAUUUCAUCUUGAACAGGCAAGCUCGAAUACAGCCUUCUAGUUGCCAGACGGAUGAAAUUGGGCAGCAUACCCUGUAUCCAUAUGUCCACUCAUUUUCCAAUCUACCAAAUAAUGAGGCCAUGUUGCGACCGAUUAAUAUCCCAGAUGUCCUUCCUUCCUCCCUGCCACCUGAAAGAGACUUUUCUUUGGUAGCAGGCGACUUCGAGGAAGUGUACGGAACGGGGCGUGAUGACAAGGAGCCGCAAUCGGGACAGUGGGAUGCUGUAAUGACUUGCUUCUUCAUUGAUACAGCGAAGAACAUUGUGAAUUAUCUUCGAAUAAUCCACCGUAUACUGGCGCCAGGCGGCGUCUGGAUCAAUCUCGGUCCAUUGCUGUGGCAUUUCGAGAACAACUCAACAAACGAUCCGUCCGUCGAGCUGACCCUGGAGGAAGUGAAGACGCUUGCCCGCAAGAUUGGAUUCGAGAUAUCGAAUGAGAGAACGAUUGAUACGACUUACACAAACAAUACCCAAAGCAUGCUUGGAUAUAUUUACCAUGCUGCGUUCUGGACGGCGACUAAAAUUAACUAGAUCGGUUGAAGUGCCCUAUAAAUGCUCUUACCAUAGAGAUCGGAAGGAAACACCUCAGUUUGGCUAUAUAAUAACGAAGCUGAAGAUCAGUUGCGGUUCUGUUGGCGU